AUGGCUCACUGGCGCGGGGUCUCGGCCCAGGGCUACCAGUGCCCCGAGUGCCGGGCUCCCUGCUCCAGGGACAGGAUGACCCCAGACACGCGGCUGAGAGCCCUGGUGAAGAAAAUCACAGAGCCCCUGCAGGAAGAGAUGGAGCUGCAGGGGCCGGGGGCUCAGCCAGAGCCGGGGCGCCCGGUGCAGCUGGUUCGUCUGGAUGACAAAGGCAGCCUGAUCCUGGAGGAGGAGGCCCUGAGCCGCUGCCUGGAGCAGGGUGGGGUGGGGACCGCCCCCGUCUGCCUGGUGUCCAUCAUCGGGGAGCAGCGCCGGGGCAAAUCCUUCCUGAUGAACUGCCUGCUGCGCCGGCUCCAGAGCCCGACUUCCUCCCCCAGGGCCCGUCUCCAGCCAGCGUGCCCAGGGCAGGCCCCAGGGAGCCGGGCAGCAGAGGUGCCAGGGCUGGGCAGGGGUGAGGGUGGCGUCAGCACGGGGCGCCCGUCGCAGUGGCCGGUGGAUCUGUCCGUGUGUCUGUCCCUGCAGGUGGCCGUGUUCCUGGUGGACACCGAGGGCUCCCUGGACCUGCAGCGCCGCAUGGAGACCAGCAUCAAGCUCUCCGUGUUCAGCAUAUUGCUCAGCUCCUACUGGAUCUUUAACAUUUCCAGUACGUUUAAGCAGACGGAGGCAGAUUAUUUGGAGAUGUUCAUUCAGGUUGCGAAGGAGGUUGGAGGGACCUGCAAUCUGGCCCCAAUCCAGCGCCUGGACCUGUUGGUGCGAGAUUGGCAGCUCUCUGGAGCCUACGGCGCGGACGCGGGGCAGGAGUAUCUUGGAGAAAUCACACAGGACCUGGAGGUCUCUGCUGAGCAGCCCCUGGUGUUGGAAGCCCUGAGGGCAAGCGGCACCCGGUGUUACCUACUGCCCCACCCCGGCACUGGGUUCACCAGGAGCAGGGCAGGGACGCCAGAUGACAUGGACGAGGAUUUCCGGCAGUACCUGUGUGACUACGUCACCAGUGUGGUGCACUCAGCAGGGACACACGUCCGGACGGACCGAGCCGGGCAGGUGCUGACGGGGGCUCAGCUGGCUGCCAGGAUCAAGGGCGUCUCCCGAUAUUGGAAGACCCAACGCUACGACUUCUCCUCACCCAUGAAGAUGGCUGAGGCGUUUGCAGCGAUGAGACAGGAGUUAAACAGGAGAGCAGUAGAAGCCACCAGGAGGGAAUAUGAACAAUUUGUGCAGGAGCUGGACCGUGGCCACCAGAGCAUGAGCAGCUGCCUGAGGGUGAAGCCCCUGGAGAUGCAGCGAUGCCUGGAGGGGAAACGCCAGGAGCUGCUGGAGCGCUGCCGGGAAGAGCUGCGGGGCGAGGACCCCCAGAAACAGGCGGCCCUGGAGGAGCUGAAGCAGGAGUUGGACAAGCAGAUGGCGGAGUUCCUGCCGCGAUAUGAACAGCGCUUUAAAAUGGCAGCGAUGAUAGAGGAGGAAAACAGAAAAGCCGUAGAAGUCUCCAGGAGGAAAUAUGAACAAUUUGUGCAGCAGCUGGACCGUGACCACCAGAGCAUGCACCGCUGCCUGAGGGUGAAGCCUGCGGAGAUGCAGCGACGGCUGGAGGGGAAACGCCAGGAGCUGCUGGAGCGCUGCCAGGGGGAGCUGCUGGGCGAGGACCCCCAGAAACAGGCGGCCCUGGAGGAGCUGGAGCAGGAGCUGGACAGGCAGAUGGACGAGUUCCUGAUGGCCUAUGGGCAGCGCUUUAAAGUGAAGAAGGCUGAGUGGUUGGGCCUGGCCAUGGCUGGGGGGGUGGUUCCUGGCAGUGGUGGGUGCGGGUAUCGGAGUAGGCAUCAGGGCGGGUGUAGUUGUAGUGGGGCUGGAGGAAGCAGUGGCCAUUGGG